GCGAACUGCGUGCCUUGACAUUUGCCCAGCAUGGUAGCUUUCCGUCCUGAUGAACAUACCAAAGUGUGCAGUGUCCUUGUAGUGUGUCAAACAGUGGAGGUGCUGCAGUCAGUCCCGGAGCAACAGCGGAACACAGAGGAGAGAGAGUCCGGCCUGAAGUGUCACUGUCCCCCGCUGUCACGAGUCUCAUCCUCCCCCCUCUGACUGGACGGUCCCCGGCAUGCAGAGCCGCUGUCUCCUUGGAUGACCUCCACACCUCCUCCUGCAGGAGCAGCGGACGUCGGUGCAUUACAGCUCAACGCCUGCUGGUUUGGAGGAGAAGCAGGGCAGCUUUUCAGAAACACCAGGCAGUAAGUCAGAGGCGAGUCUGCAGGCUUCAGGCCGACUCUGGAGCACCUGACACGGACCAGAAAUUACGACGUGUGCCAGAUUGUGUUUGUCCAACGUGGCUGCGUCAGGAGGAGCGGACUGAGGACUGAGGGUUGCAGACUUGUACCUGCUCAUUAAACUGACACACGGCUCUUUAAAGCAGUGUCGAGGUUCCCGUUGUUCACAUGAUGUACACAAUCACCAGAGGUCCCAGCAAACUUGUUACACAACGGAGGACAGGUCCCACACAACAAAUCGAGAGCAAAUUCAGCGACCUGAAGCUUAAGCCGACAUCUUGGCUCUCUGCAAACUCUCCGCCCCCAAAGAUCGUCUUCAACCGUCUGAACGGGAAGCGUUACCACAGCGCAGCCACACAGAAGCCUGCCAGCUCAGCGGAGGGAUUCACUCCCGCACAUGAGGAGAAUGUCAGAUUCGUGUUUGAAGCGUGGCAGGAGGUGGAGCAGAAGCUGGGGGAUGGGGACAGCGUGGGGUCAACUGAAAGCCAAGGGCCCAUUCAGUACGCUGAGAAGACUCCCAGUGCUGCGAUGAAGAACUUUGUGCCCAUCGACCUGGAGGAGUGGUGGGCUCAGCGCUUCCUUGCCAACAUUGCCAACCUGUCAUGACUGCGUGACGCCUCGAGCCGGGUCAGGAAGCACCGCGUCGAUGCUCCGUCAGUGAACGCGUCACGAAGGUGGAGAGGAGGCGAGUGCGUCUUCGGGAUGUGCGGUCCAGGAGGCCUGUGUGUAAUUUAGGAUGUGAUUGGAUGUCCCGUGCUUCACGCUGCUGUAGAGAGAACUGGGUGAACAGAUAACGGCCUGCUGAAGCACCAACAGCGAUGUAACGGUGAACUCUGACAGCGCUGACCAGAAGGACUCGUCUCUCUACACGAAGGACGAAUCAGAUUGAAGCUGUGAGAUUUUUUUCUUGUUCCAGAGCCCGCCUCCUUUCUGAAGUGUGCUCAGCUGAAUGUACACCACUGUUGAUCUUUCAAUAUGAAUCUGAUGAAAAGCAAAAAAGUAAAUUGUUUUUCAAAAAUGC